GCGGUUGAGAACCAAAACUCGACGAUCCUUUUUUUUCCCCGGGUGACGUCAGCGCUGAAGGGUGAAGGGUCACGCCGGGGGCCGCAGGGAGUUGGAGACGCCGCUUCCUCUGCGCCUGCUCAUGGCGUCCCGGGCGCUGGCGGCCGCCAGGUUCAUUACAAAGACUGGGAUAAUUGGAGGCAGUGUGUACCUUGCUUAUGACCAGGGCUUAUUGGGAAAUGGCGAGCAAAGUUGUCAGGUGUUGAACAAGGUGUCCGUCGCAGUGCCAGAGGCUGUGGAUCAGUGGUCGAAGUAUUUUGGACUGGAGCUACCAGAUCUUCCCAAACUGAAUGUCCCCAUAUCUGAAUACUGGAAUACAGGAAUUGAAAUGACUGUGUCUUUCUUGUCGUCUGCGCCGACAAAAUUCAACGAAUACACUGAUAAGGGGUGGCAGUACAUCAAGAAAAUGACUAGCAGCACAGAGUGAAAAUCACCAUCAUUGACUUAAGACUUUUUGUUCAUGACUUGAUUGUAACAAAAUGUAAAUAUUAUAUGAUGGUAAUAAAGUAUAUUUGACUGAU